CGUGUCACGUUCGUCAGGCGAAACGCCAUGUGCACGGAGUGAAUCCUCUGCUCAAUAGACGAUCUUGGACGGAAAGUGGAAAGUUGUACGUUGUGCGCAGGCGCUCCCCGGGAUUAAUGUCAAGGCACAAAAGUGGCGCUACACCGUUGCGAGCUCUACUCCGGUGGCUGCCUUAGCAAUGGAUGGGGAGUCAGAACCAAACCCUGCCGUAGCAGAAGAGGCAGGGGAGCGGGUGGAGCCCAUGGAUGCCACUCCCUCCCCCCAGCAGCAGACCACGCCCCCCUCAGAGGAGGCUGGGGAGGCAGUUUCCAUGGUAACAGAAGAUGGAGCCACAAAGGAUGGUGGCGUAGAGGACAAUGAUGAUGAUGUGGUUCUUGUAGGGGAGGAGGCUCCUCAGCCUUCUGCCACAACCCUCUCCCAAGACACGCCCAACACAGACUGCCUAGAGCCAGCAACUGUAGACAUGUCCACGGCAGUGAUGUCUUCUAAGACCCCUAGUUCUCCUGCGUCUUCCAGCACAUCUACAGUGGCAGCACCUCCUAAACCUCCAAUCACAGAAUCAGAGCCUAUUGUCAUUGAUGAUGAGGAAGACUCUGAACAGAAAGACACUUCCUCCUCCUCACCAGCGCAACCUGGAUGCUCCUCAGAACCCCACUCGCCAGGUGUACUCAGCAGCACUGAGCCAGAUUCAGAGAUCAGGAUUGCCAGUGUCACCACACUGGGCUCCAGUAGCCAGAAAGGAAGCUCCUCUGUUUCUGCAGUCAAUACUCCACCACAUGAAGUGGAUGUCCAGGCAGACAUGAACCUGAUGAUAACCUCUGUGAAAUCACUGCAGGACGGCACGACGGCUGUCACAGCGGCAGGUGACGGCCAGGCAGAGGAAAAUGGUCUGCAGGUCAGCAGUGCGUUCAGCCUGAAUCCCGACACCCCACCUGGUCGACCAACAGCCUCUUUCAACCCAGGGCGGGGCUCAGGCCCCAUGGGCCAGCUGGUACAGAAUGGAGACACAGGGACGCACAACAGAGCAGACUCGUGGAUCUCCCAGUCAGCUUCAGUCCCCCGCAACCAAAAGCAGACAGGGGUCGACUCUCCAUCACCAGCCACCUCCCUGCCCAAACCUCCAGGCCAGUCUUCCUCAUCUACUUCCUCCUCAGGCUCCCAGCCACAGCCCAGGACAGUCAAGGUGACCUGUGCAAACUGUAAAAAGCCCCUGAAGAAAGGCCAAACAGCUUACCAACGUAAAGGCUCCACACACCUGUUCUGCUCCACCACCUGUCUCUCUGCCUUCUCACACAAACCCGCCCCCAAGAAGAGCUGCACCAUGUGCAAAAAGGACAUCACAAACAUGAAGGGUACCAUCGUGGCCCAGGUCGACUCCAGCGAGUCUUUUCAGGAGUUCUGCAGCACAGGCUGCCUAGGUGCAUACGAGAACAAGCAAAACCCGCCCAAAUCAAGCCUCAAAACCAAAUGUACUGUCUGCGGCAAGCUCACCGAGAUCCGGCACGAGGUUAGCUUUAAGACUGUGACCCAUAAGAUCUGCAGCGACACAUGUUUCAACGUUUACCGCAGGGCCAACGGGUUGAUCAUGAACUGCUGCGAGCAAUGUGGCGACUACUUGCCCAGUCGAGCGUCGGCCAACCACUUCCUGCUGGUCGAUGGCCAACAGAAACGUUUCUGCUGCCAGAACUGCAUCAGGGAGUACAAGCAGGCCCACAGUAAACUUGCGACCUGCCUGACUUGCAAAACAUUGAUUAAGACAGGCGAGGUGCUCCACAGCCUCGGAGCGGGCGGCACCAUGGGCUCCUACUGCUCCGUCAACUGCAUGAACAAGGGAAAGCUGACGGCAACCUCCUUCAUUAACACAGAGCCCACAUGUCACUUCUGUAAGAGGAACUCAUUACCCCAGUACCAGGCCACACUGCCAGAGGGAAACAUCCUCAACUUCUGCAGCUCACAGUGUGUUACCAAGUUCCAGAAUGCUACUCUUCAAACGGCCACCAAUGGACAGACGCCCCUCUCCACUACAAACAACACCGUCCAACUGAAAUGCAACUACUGUCGAGGAGCAUUCAGCUUGAAGCCUGAAACACUGGAGUGGGAGGAUAAGGUCUACCAGUUCUGUAGUAAGACAUGCUGUGAGGACUACAAGAAGCUGCACUGCAUUGUGACGUUCUGUGAGUACUGCCAAGAGGAGAAGACGCUACAUGAGAUGGUCAAGUUCUCCGGGGUCAAGAGACCUUUCUGCAGUGAAGGUUGUAAGCUGUUAUUUAAGCAGGAUUUUAUCAAGCGGUUGGGUCUGAAGUGUGUCAGCUGUAACCACUGCAACCAGCUCUGUAAGAGGAGUGUGACCCGGCAGCUCGGCGGCAUGACCCGGGACUUCUGCAGCGAGGCCUGUUCCAAGAAGUUCAAUGACUGGUACUACAAGGCGGCGAGGUGUGACUGCUGUAAGGUGCAGGGUAACCUGACAGAGUCUGUGAUGUGGAGAGCAGAGAUGAAGCAUUUCUGUGAUCAAGAGUGUCUAUUGAAGUUCUACUGCCAGCAGAACGAGCCCAUCAUGGUCACACAGAAAGGCCCAGAGAACAGCAGCCUGGGGUAUGAAAUGCAAGGGGCCAAACUUGGGGGCGCUGUGCCAUACGCUGGUGGAGGAUUGGCGAGAGACGUCAAGAACAAGGCAGUUCUCUGCAAACCGCUCACCCUGACCAAGGCUACCUACUGCAAGCCACACAUGCAGAGCAAACUUUUACAGACGGAUGUAGACGAUGGUGUGAAGAGGGAGUACGUUCCUGUACCCAUACCUGUGCCCGUCUUCAUCCCCGUGCCCAUGAAUAUGUAUUCCCAGGUCACUCCCACUCCAGUCUCUCUGCCUGUACCGGUUCCAGUGCCUGUGUUCCUGCCCACCACCCUGCAGGGGGCAGAGCAGAUCAUCCAGACCAUCAACGAAUUGAAAAACAAGCUGCCCUCUGACCCUCUGGAGGCUGACCUGCUCUCCAUGGCUGACAUGAUCGCAGAGGACCAGAAACCAGAUGUGAAGUCGAUGAAGGUGAAGAGUGAACGUAGAGAGGAGUCGUCCUCCUCCAGCAGCAGUUCUGAGGAAGAGGCACAAGAGGAGAAGAAGAAGGUGGAGGAGGAGGAGCAGCAGGAGGAAGAGCAGCAGGGGCUGAAGGAAGAGCCAGAGGAGGAGAAGGGGGGGGCGGAGGUGGAAGACGAGGAGGAGGACAAGUACGAGCCCGACCUGGACCUGGAGGCAGACUUUCCUCAAGCCUCAGACCCUGUACCAGUCUGGAGGAAAUGGACGAGGAUAUGGGUUUCUCUCUACCUCCACUCCUGGCAGAGGAGAAGGCAGAGCCGGAGGAGUCGACACCUCGACCACAGCCCAGGAGAAAAGGGAACAAGAGGCAGGCAGUAGAGGAGAGCUCAGAUCUCGCCUCGUACUCUUUUCCAGUCCGGCAGGCAGACACUCAGAAGGACGGUCGCUGCCUCUCAAAGCUCGCUAUGGCAUCCAUGCAUGGAAACGCUGGGCACUGUCUACUUCUGACAAAUCAGAUGACAC